AGCUGCAGUGUGCUAGUUUGUGAGAGGAGGCGACUGAAGCAGGUGAGAGAAGAGAGAAAAGCAGAGAGGGAGGGAUAGUCGGUGAUACUUUUCUGCACUGCAACACACACGUGCAGUGUGGAAGGACGACAGACUCGGAGCCUCAGCAAAGCCGCUGUUCACACGCUGUGCUCUUUUCCUCCCCCUGGCACCGUGCGCGCUCGCCAAGCCGCACUGUUUGGAGAUAGUCCGCGCGGAAAGUUUUUUUGGAGCAUACUAUCUGGAGCCGAUUAAUUGUGCCAUCUGUUUUGUUUUUUGCGAGGCGGAUGACUUACUUUUUUGCAUGUGAACACUUUUAAGUCGAGAAGUGGAAUUGUCAAAGUCUGUUUUUGCACAUAAUGGAAGGUAAAUUGACAAGUCGUUUGUGGCGAGGUUCACCGUGUGGAUCUUUCUACAGGUAAAACGCGCUAUGACCUCGGCGUGUGAGCGGCUGGAUUUUAUGUCUUUAACCAUAUGUUUUAUGUUUUUGGUUUGACAUUGUCUAGAUAUAAUCUUGGACAGUUUUUUACUUGGAUAGGGACUGUUAAAGUAGGCCGCUUUCAAUUAACAGAAUCGACAUCCGACUUUUCCGCCAGUGGGGUUUCCGUAGACUGUUUUAUUUGUUCAUAGUAAACGCAAAGUCGUGCACUGAUUCGUUAAAGGAACUGCUAAUUUCCUUCUCUAAACGGUCUUUGGACAUUGAAUGUGUCCCACUGCUUCAUACAAGCCCUCUAAUCUGUUUGGCGCACGGAGCGCAUGCAUUCAAUGAGUUGGGCGUCCGUGUACACCAACACACCAACCUGAAGAUCUCCUAGCUUUAGCGUUGCCCUUUCUUCACCACGACCAAGCACUUUCCAAGAAAUCCGGAUAAAUCGACAAGACUUGUCUUCAGCACAGCGGAAAAGAACAUCUUAAAUCCACCUGGCCUGCUCUGGGAUUAUUGGUUCGAUAUCGUCUUCAGAAAGUGGAUUACAAUUUCUAACGGGCUGUGCUCCGCGAUCAACCGGCAGUAUGAACCUUGGGCUGGGCUGUGUGUGUCGGCCGGUUUGCUGGCCCUUUGGCAGCGUGUUGGACUCCAGAAACUGUGUCUUUGCCCUCACACUACUCACACUCCUCAUGCAGGUAGUGGUGGAGGCCAACUCAUGGUGGUCUCUGGCUAUGAAUCCUUUACUGAUCCCAGAGGCCUACAUCAUUGGUGCUCAGCCGCUGUGCAGCCAGCUGGUGGGCCUGUCACAGGGCCAGAAGAAGCUGUGCCAGCUUUACCAGGACCACAUGCAGUACAUCGGUGAAGGUGCCAAAACUGGCAUCAGAGAGUGCCAGUACCAGUUCAGACAUCGGCGGUGGAACUGCAGCACAGUGGACAACUCAUCUGUUUUUGGACGGGUCAUGCAAAUAGGCAGCCGAGAAACGGCAUUCACCUAUGCUAUUAGCGCGGCAGGGGUGGUGAACGCAGUGAGCCGCGCCUGCAGAGAGGGGGAGCUCUCCAGCUGUGGGUGCAGCCGUGCGGCUCGCCCCAAAGACUUGCCGCGAGACUGGCUGUGGGGCGGAUGCGGAGACAACCUCAACUACGGCUACAGGUUCUCCAAGGAGUUUGUGGAUGCACGUGAGAGGGAGAAGAGCUACCCUAAAGGCUCGUAUGAGAGCGCCCGGCUGAUGAUGAAUAUUCACAAUAACGAGGCUGGAAGGAGGACGGUGUCCGACCUGGCCAAUGUGUCCUGCAAGUGCCAUGGGGUAUCAGGCUCCUGCAGCCUGAAGACGUGCUGGCUGCAGCUAGCUGACUUUCGCAAGGUGGGCGAUGCACUGAAGGAAAAGUACGACAGCUCUACUUCCAUGAAGCUCAACUCGCGUGGAAAGCUGGUGCAGAAGCACAGCAAUUUUAAUGCUCCCACGAGCCACGACCUGGUGUACACAGAGUCCAGUCCAGACUACUGCCUGAAGAACCAGAGCACAGGCUCCUUGGGCACGGUGGGGCGCCUUUGCAACAAGACCUCGGAAGGCAUGGAUGGGUGUGAGCUGAUGUGCUGCGGCCGCGGUUACGACCAGUACAAAGCCCAAAUUGUGGAGCGCUGCCACUGCAAGUUCCACUGGUGCUGCUAUGUCAAGUGCAAGCGCUGCACCAAAAUCGUAGACCAAUUCGUCUGCAAGUGAGAAGAAGAGUGUGAGCCUGUGUGUUUGCCUGCGGACGAUGGGCAUACAUCUGUCUGUAUACUUGAGCAGAAGAGUUGAACACAGAGAAAGAAUGGAAGAAAGAAACUAUAUAAAUUAUAUUUAUAGAGUUACACAAUUAUGCCAUUACAAAAAGACUGACUUUUUUUCACCCCCCAAAAAAAUCGUAUGUCUUCAGAAACAGAGUAUCGUGAAAUAUUUAUUUUGAGAUUAUGUUUUAUUUUGGCCCAGUCAUCACCAGUCGAUUUUUAACCCGUUCAAGUGCCUAAAAUCUUUCCCCACCCUUUUUUUCAUAUCAGAAAGUACAGUUGUUCUUGUCAGAUGGGUCACGCUGAUUGUGAAAUUGGAUUGUGCUUCCAAUUUCCAAGAGUAGUGUUUGCUAUAAGUGGCAUAGUCGACUAAGGGGCCCUGGUGUGUUGUUUGAGAAUGACUGUUGAGAGGACAAUGUGUGCUGUAGUGUAUGGAUGUGAUUUCAUGGGCCCAGUCCCAAACCUGCCUUCACAUCCUAACCGAAGUCUACUCUCCCCACAUGUAGAGUAAGGGAAACUGUUGGUUCGUACGAGUCCUUUGAGUACAAUAAGAGGACUGUUUUGGGGAUUGGGCCAUUUAUUAAGCUCUCCCAGAAGCCUUAGAGUCCCCAGGUGCUGCAACAAGCCCUCCACCAUUAUGCACUUUGAUACAGAGGCUUAAACCUGUCUGGUCAGCUGUCUUUUAUUUUUUAUUUUUUACAGUGCAUCAGCAAAUAUAUCAAUAUUAUAGCCUACAUUCUUUUCCAUAUUAAUUCAGAUUAUCCAUUUAACAUUAUUCUACAAUACUUAAUAUGGUUUGAAUAUAUAUGGGCAAUGUUGUGGUUACAGUGGUGAAAUAUUCCAUGCUAUGUGUAUAUAGUAUGUCUAUCCAAACAAUCAGUAAACUGUAUUUAUUUUCUUUAACCAGAUCUUCCUCUAAGCUUAAAACAGAAAAGCAUCAUAUAUCAAGAGUUGGACAUCCUCAAGUCACUGCUUGUAGUCACUUUUUUAAAUUGUGUUCUCACUAAUGUGGCUCCUCACUGUUUUUGUAAAGGGAAAUGCACCUUAUUGAUUCAACACACAUAAGUUCUUCUCACUCAUGUUCAGCUCUACUGUAACACACAAAUACACUUAUAUAUCACAGAUGACGUUCAGAUUUUUAUCAACACAGAUUUCCUGUACCACUCAGUUAACUGCUAACUAUCCAUGUGAUCAUUCUCAAUAGACAAACUAUUUCUACCAAUCCAAAUAUGUAUAUUUAUAAGCUUCUCCAUGAAUUUGAGGUUUGUUAAACGUAAUGUGUUAUAGCUGAUAUUUUGUUACUUUUUACAAAUUGGCUCAAUGCUCUACUUUGUUUCAAUAAAUAUCAAAUGUAAAACCA